AUGCCUCGUUCAGUCCACUCACCACUACUUUUCGAGUGUGCUUGGGAAGUCGCCAACAAAGUAGGUGGUAUCUAUACGGUCAUCAAGACCAAGGUGCCAGUGACUACCAAGGAAUAUGGAGAUCGAGCAUGUUUGAUCGGUCCAUUGAGCUAUAAGUCUGCUCCUAUGGAGGUGGAUGCCGAGGAGCCCGAACCAGGAACACCUUUCGCUCUCACCAUCAAGUCGAUGCAAGAAAGAGGUGUGAAGCUCAUCUACGGUAGAUGGCUCAUUGAAGGUAACCCAAGGGUAUUACUGUUCGAUACUGGAUCAUGUUACGAUCGAAUGGACGAAUGGAAGACCGAUUUAUGGAAUCUCGCUGGUAUCCCUUCUCCACCCAACGAUCACGAAACAAAUGAGACUAUCGUUUUCGGUUAUAUGGUAGCUUGGUUCUUGGGUGAAUUCUCCUCAAGAGAAACGGAUACAGCGAUCAUUGCCCAUUUCCACGAAUGGCAAGCUGGUUUGGCCAUCCCGCUCUGCAGAAAGAGACAUAUCGACGUCACUACCAUCUUCACCACUCACGCUACUUUACUUGGUCGAUAUCUCUGUGCGGGAAGUGUAGAUUUCUACAAUAACUUGCAAUACUUCGAUGUUGACCAUGAAGCUGGUAAGCGAGGUAUCUACCACAGAUACUGUAUUGAACGAUCUGCUGCACACUGCGCAGAUGUGUUUACGACCGUCUCUCACAUUACCGCUUUCGAAAGUGAACAUCUCUUGAAGAGAAAACCUGACGGUGUUUUACCUAACGGUCUCAAUGUCGUCAAAUUCGCUGCCAUGCACGAAUUCCAAAAUCUGCACGUCCAAUCCAAAGAAAAGAUCAACGAUUUCAUCAGAGGUCAUUUCUACGGUCAUUAUGAUUUCGACCUUGAGAACACCGUCUACUUGUUCACUGCUGGUAGAUACGAGUUCAGAAAUAAGGGUGUGGAUAUGUUCAUUGAAUCUCUUGCUCGACUGAAUCAUCGACUGAAGGAGAUGGGAUCUAAAACCACUGUAGUCGCUUUCAUCAUCAUGCCGGCUGCUACCAACUCGUACACCAUCGAAGCUCUCAAGGGUCAAGCCGUCACUCAACAGCUCAAAGAAUGUGUGAAUCAAGUUACCGCUAGAAUUGGAAAGAGAAUAUUUGAACAUGCCGCUAGAUAUUCUGGUGAACAUGGAACGGAAGUACCCAACCCUGAAGAUCUGUUGUCAAAGGAGGAUAAAGUGUUGAUCAAACGAAGAGUUUUCGCGUUGAAGCGAAACUCGUUGCCACCCAUCGUCACCCACAAUAUGGCGGACGAUGCGAAUGAUCCUAUCCUCAACCAGUUCAGGAGAGUAUCGUUGUUCAACCAAUCUUCCGACAGAGUCAAGGUCAUCUUCCACCCCGAAUUCCUGAAUUCGAAUAACCCUAUUUUGGGAUUGGAUUAUGAGGAGUUCGUGAGAGGUUGUCAUUUGGGUGUAUUCCCUUCUUAUUAUGAACCUUUCGGAUAUACCCCUGCUGAAUGUACUGUUAUGGGUAUUCCUAAUGUUACCACCAACUUGUCUGGUUUCGGUUGUUUCAUGGAAGAUCUGCUUGAAACUCCUGAGGACUACGGUUGUUACAUUGUUGAUCGACGUGGUCAAGGUGUCGAUGACUCCGUCAAUCAAUUGACCAACCAAUUACUCUCGUUCUGUACCAAAUCCAGACGACAAAGAAUCAACCAGAGAAACAGGACUGAAAGAUUGUCCGAACUGUUAGACUGGAAAUCAUUAGGAUUGGAAUAUGUCAAAGCUCGACAAUUGGCACUUCGACGAGCUUACCCCGACUCAUUCGAUGAUGACGAACCUGAUUUCACCGGUGUGCAACGAGUCGGUGCACCCCUCUCUGCACCGGGUUCACCCAAGAUGCGAACAGGCAUGAUGACUCCUGGAGAUUUCGCUACCCUCACGGAGGAGAUGGAACAUCUUGGAACCCAAGAUUAUAUGGGUGCAAAAAGCUGGAGAGGCAUCAAUGACGAUGAUGAUGAGAACCACUACCCCUUCCCACUUGUCAUGAAACCAAGAAAUCGAAGUGAUUCGCUCGCCUCUGCAAUCUCGGGUACAGCCACUCCCUCAGGCGGUAGAAAGUUAUCUGAGAAAGAUUUAGCUAAAGCUGAUGCUGUGUUGAGCAGUAUGGGUCAGAAUGGAAAUGGAGUCAAUGGUCAUUAA